AUGAGAAUGGAUUUUGCUUCCUUAAGUGUUGAUCAGCUGAAUAAUAAAUUGAGGACAGAAUUGAUUGGAGAUGAAGAGUUAUUACAAGUCUUCAAAGAAGAGUGUGAACAGCUUCUCUUUCAGCUGAGAGAUCAUUUUAAACAUAAUGUGGAACAGUUUUUUAACACGCAUGGAUUAAACGAUGAUGAAGCUAAGACUGUGCUAGAGACAUUCGAAUUUGAUAGUCCUUUUGAUGGACUUAAAACCUUAGAUGGACAAAUUGAAUCAUUAAAAUCGUUCAGUCACUAUAUAGAGCCAGUUGAAGUUCCUCUCGGUUAUAGAAUGGACAGUGUAUUAAAAAGAAAUAGUACAGUUUAUAAGCCUAAACGAGUUUUAGAAACUUUUCAAUAUGUUCCUGUGAUUCCUACCUUAACUCUAGUUUUGUCAAGUCCAGAAAUUCGAGAUUAUGUGCUACGAGCUUCUAUUACUGCAUUUUGUGGUGAUGGAUUGGCUGUUCAUGACGUGUUUAAUUUUUUAGCGCCUUCAUCUAAUCAUUUUUGUAGGAUGUGCAUGUACAGUAGGGAUAAUUUACACAGUGGCCACACACUACCUGUUUUGAAGAGAACAAAAGAACUCUAUGAUGAACAAAUAGCAUACUUGAAACGAACAAAUUAUUCUGCUGAAUCAAAAACUAAUACGGGUCUUCGAGGAGAGUGUUGUUUACAUCAAUCUAAAUAUUUUCAUAUCACUAACAAUAAAGUCUUUGAUAUAAUGCACGACUUAUUGUGUGGCAUUUGUCCUAUGAUUUUAAAAUUGAUCUUAAAAGAAUACAUUUUAGUCCAAAAAAAAUUUGAUUGUUCUUAUUUUAAUAAUAAAAUUAUGUCUUUUCAAUAUGGACUCACGGAAAUGACAAAUAAGCCAUCGGCUAAUUUUACUGAUGGAAUCCUUCGUAGAAAUGAGCAUACGUUAAGUCAAAAAGCCAUGCAGAUUUGGUGUCUUAUGCGAGCAUUUCCGUUUUUAGUUGCUGAUAAAAUUCCAUCUGGUGAUCAAUACAUGGCUCUUGUAUUAAAUUUAUUAAAAAUCAUGGAAAUUGUAUUUGCACCAAAAAUUAAUGAUCAUUACUUGAUAAUUUUAGAGAAUCUUGUUGCUAAUUUUCUAACUAAUUUUCGCAUGUUUCCUGAUGUCAAUCCAAUAAAUAAGUUUCAUCAUAUUGAACACUAUGUUGAAUGUAUAAAAUGGAUGGGACCAUUGAUAAAUAAUUGGUGCAUGAGAUACGAAGCCAAGCAUGGAGGCAUUAGACAACGUGCUCAAAAUGUUCAUAAUUUGAAAAAUUUACCCAAAAUAUUAAUAAGACUAUGUCAAUGUGAGCAGAGUGCUAAAUGGGGCUCAAAAGACGUGAAAAUUUGUCGAUUAACAACAAAUAACAAAAACAUCGUUGCAGUUGAGAAUACAUUAAGCUCUGAAGCUCUCUACAAUUUGGAUUAUAUCGGCACUGAUGAAGUAUUUUGUUGUAACUCUACAAAAGUGAACGGAGUUGAAUUUCGAGUCGGUUUAUAUGUUUGCUUACAGACUCCAAGUUCUCGAGAAGACAAUUUGCCUUUAUUUGGCUACAUUCAAGAAAUCAUCAUCUUGAGAGAUGUUGAUGUAUACUUAUUGACUUCAAUUUGUACAACGAUAGAAUUUGAAUCAAAUUUGAAUGCUUACCACAUAAAACUCAAUGACGAUGAUGACAAUAUUGGCCAAUUUGUUAAUACAAAUGAUCUAUCUCAUUUUAAGCCAUUUUGUAGUUGGACAAAAUCAGAUUCAACAUAUAAUAAUAAAACUUUAUCUACAGAUCAGUUAAUUGACGGGACAGCUUUUUUGGAAUUAACUGAAAAAGAUCUUGUAGAACUCCAUAUAAAAAUGGGACCAAGAAAACGCCUGCUAAAAUACAUGGAGUCCGUAAAACCCAAAGAGACGGUCAAUACUGUGUUUCUUGUAGAGAGCAAUGGCUCUCUUACAUUAGCGGAUGACAAUAAUGUAGAAAAAUUUCCUUCAUUCAUUGAAGGACAUCCUCUAAACAUCGCAAGUACAUUAAAUGAUAAUAAUCAAUCUCAACCAUCCACAUCAUCAGCUCAUUGUUCAUCUGCACCUUCAAAAUCACCACAAACAUUUUCAAGAUAUGGUACUGUUAAAGCAACUUUACUUAACCAUCCGCAAGGUUCAGGGAUAUUGAAGUCUACUAAAAACUCUUGGAAUGAAGAAAAUCGGAAGGCUUUAGUACGAAUAAUGGUGGCUGAAUUAAUAAAAUUUCAUUCACACUAUCCUCCCAAUGAAUCAAAGCAAGCACUUGCCAAGGCAAUAGUUACUGAAUUCCCACCACUCAAGGACAAAGCAAGAGAUCUUGGAUAUGAACACUUUUAUAAUGAAAAUUCUGCAAAUAAUCGGGUCUUUAUUGAAAACCGUUUGGCACAAACUCGGAAAAAACUCACCCCAUCAAAAAAAAAGUACAAAACUACCAACAAUGUAAAAAGUGUUGUCAAUAAGAAUAAAGCAACUGUGAAUCAUUCUCCAAAUGAAUAUUCAGAAGAAAUAAUAUUACAAAUAAUUUCGUCAAUGAAGUUAAAGAUGCCGACUGACCUUAACAAACGCCAAAUCAUAUCCUGGAUGAAUGAUACAAGAAGUUACAGGCGUAAAUGGAUUAAUGAUACUAAUCCUACAAUUAGUGAAAUUCUUGACAUGUAUCCCAAGCUUCAAGUCUAUGACGGAGAGAUGAUUGAUCUGGAAUUCAAAUUGUUAUUUCCGAAAAGUGCUAAUAAUUUUUUAUCUAAGUUUCCUACGAGUUAUACAAAAAAAAUUUUAAUAUAUGCUAAAAACUGUCGACCUGCGUUGUACCGUGAAUCUCAGAGUAUAAAAAAUGAUGAUUUUCGAGCUCUUCUUUUGCUGGUUGAAUUACUUCCGGUUGCUAAUUCAGUCAAGACUCGCAAGGGUCAAGGAAAAGGCAAGGAUAAAGAUAAAGAAAACAAAGGAAAGGGAAAGAAAAGACUUGCCGACGAAGAUAAUGAGGAAAAUGAGCCGUUAGAAAUAAAUUUUCCUAAUAAAUAUCUACUGAGACUUUCACCUGAGGGUACAAAUCUUGAACAAUUUGCACGAGACAUUCGUGCUAAAAGCAAAACAAAUGUUCAGCCUUACUUAGUCACUGUAGCUAGUCAAUCAUCCAGUGCAAGCACAUUUAUUAAUGGAGAUGGUUGGUUUCUGAAUGUGCCUGACAAUGGUAACAGCGCAAUAAGUUUCGAUCUACUGUACAAAAUUUUUUAUGUGUUUAACCUCGAUUAUCCGGAUAGUCUACGAAAUUUUUAUAAUUUCAUGGACUUUUACAUCUAUGACAUGGAUGUUAAGCCAUUCAACAUUGUUUCUUCUGUUCAUGUCAACAUAACUAAUGUCAAUACUCAAAACGGUGAUUCUGAAGGCAAUGAUGAUUUAGGCUCUGAUAAAAAUUAUCAAUAUUUUAAUAUGCAUGUCAAUAAUAUUUUAUAUAAGUGUGACAACGAUUUGAAAUAA